CACAGCAUCUCUUAACUUUUUGAUCAUCUGGCACAUCUUGCUCUGACAUGAAUAACCAUAUCUCUACAUCACAAGUACUCUGUUCUGCUCUUACAUGAAGUAUAAGCUGUCAUCAUCCAUUAAAAUGUGCUUCAGAUUAGCAGUUUACAAAUAGCAUAUGUAAUUAAGUUAGAUGCAUAUCAUUUUACCUAAUUAUUUUUAUGGAAGGGUUUUAGGUUCUUUGUGAUAUGACUACCUCAUAAUUCCCACAUAUCAACUUCUUUACCGAAAAAGGCUUUCGCCCCGCUUUAUAUAUAAAGCAAUGACCGACCACAGCUCAGAUACAAACGCACAGCACCACAACCCACGCACACACCCAAGGCUGGAUACAUAGGCGCUGAGCGCAGCAACACUACCCCUAGUACUACAAGAGCAACCGGAGUCCUCAACCGUGGACACGCCAACGCGAAGGGAAGAAGCCGCAUAUGACGAACCGUGUGCUCCAAAGCGGCGCCUUCAAGAAGGUUACGACACCAGAGCGCCGUCACCGCCCGACCCAAGGAUCAGAGUUUCCCCUGGAGCAACACGACGGGCAAUGAGAGCCGCGACGACGCCUUCAAGAAGGGAGCGAGCUUCGCCGCCGCCAGUCCGUCCGAAGAUCGAACAGGUUUUCACCCCGGCCAACACUCACCACCACCGGACGCCACAUCCCAUUGACCACGCCGCCCACACGGCCAUGACCACCGGGUAGCACCUAACCACGGGCUCUGCCCAAGAGCACCGCGGAGCCACCACCAGGGCCGCCGCCCUGGCAUCCAAGACCUGGACACCACCUCACUCGAGACCCACCGCUACCCCAACCAAAGAUACGAGCGGAAAGGAACCACCUUUCGCACCCCUGGGCUGCCCCCAACGCCGAAACCCAGAGGCUGGCCAAAAUUGGCCUCCAUCGACCCGUCCUGCAGCCGGGCGCGAGACGAGCACGGUCCUGCUGCCGGGCGCGAGACGAGCACGGUCCUGCUGCCGGGCGCGAGACGAGCAUGGUCCUGCUGCCGGGCGCGAGACGAGGUCGGUCCUGCUGCCGGGCGCGAGACGAGGUCGGUCCUGCUGCCGGGCGCGAGACGAGGUCGGUCCUGCUGCCGAGCGCGAGAUGAGCGAUGGACCGAAGUCGGGGGAAGGCCGAACCUUCGACGGAGGUAGCAACCAGUCGACGAGGAGAGGGCCGAAGGUCGAAACGGGCCGCCUAGAGACAAGCCGACGCCGGAAAGCCAGCCGCCGCCCCAGUCGACCCGUCGAGCUGCUGUGGAGCCGGCACGACGAAGCCACCACGCCGCCGCCGCCCACAGCCGGGACCGCAGCCGCGCCGGGCCGGGGCCCCAAACCCGAGCCACCGGCCAGAGAAGAGGCGAAAUCCGGCCGGCACGCAACACCACCACAGCCACCAUGCCGAAUCUGGCGUGCCAUCCCCGCCGCCGCAGCAACCACCGCACGCCCCGCCACCAACCACGCCGCCCGAAGCCCGACAGGAACACCGGAGCCCACCACGACCCCGUGCGCCUCCGCGCCGCGACGCCCGGCGCCCGCGCCGCGCCCAGGAUGGAGGGGCAGCGCCGCGCCAACCCUAGCCACCAUGGGAACGCGAGGGCCCCGCCGCCGCCGGCUCCAGUCGGGCUUUGCCCGUCCGAGCCCCGGGGCGGCGGCGGGGGAGGGAGGGGAGGGGGCUAGAGGCGCCGGAUUUGGAGGCCCCCGGUCGCCGCGCGGGGGUGACACAGGAGGGAGCAGAGGGAGGAGAGGGCGAGUCGUACUUGGGAUGUUUUGAUCACCGUCUGGGUCCUCUCUUUCCGUCUUCACAUAUCAACUUCUUUCUCCAGGAGAUAAAAUCACCUGACCUACUCACAUUAUCUGCAAAGUUCAAAAAGGCACUAGGAUAAAUUGUUCGUUUUGGGACCUACUUGCGCCUAGCUCGCUUAUGCGCUGCUUAGGCGCGCGCCUAAGUAUCCCGUACAAUACUGUACUGACACCAUACGGACAAGCCAGCAGGACAUAGCUGGGAUCGCUGGGGAAGUAGUUUUCAGCUGGGAAAACAUAGGAAUGUCAAUACAUAGCUCUCCAUGUAGCAGAUUAUAGCCAUGUGCCCAUCUAUAUACAACUAAAAUGUAAAUUGGAGUGGGAUAUAAUCAUUGAACAGAUAAAUACCUUGUCAGUAUAUCGCUCUCAUAGCCAUGUGCUCACGUAUAUACUAAUAGCAGAUUAUAGCCAUACAUAGCUAAUAGCACAAGCACAUCACAACAAAGCAGCACAU